AUGUUUUCUCUCGUCACAGAGGCCGAGACGCGUCAGAAAUUGCUGCGCAAUGUGAAGAAAGAGGUGAAACAAAUAAUGGAGGAGGCUGUAACGAGGAAAUUUGUGCACGCAGACAGCAGCCACAUCAUAUCCUUCUGCGCUGUAGUGGAGGCCUGCAUGCUUCAUGGACUGAAGCGGCGUGUUGCAGGUCUGCUCUGCAGUAACAAGGUUGCAGCACUCUUCAUGAAGGCGGCAAAAAGCUUUUCGCCUGCCGAGGAACUCUGCCACAAGGUCCAGGAGCUGGAACAGCUCAUUGAAAACAGCAAGCAGAACAAUUCUUCACUGAGUAAUGACCGCAGUCGGCAAUCAAAGUUGGCCAACCUGCCCCCUCAGGCACUGAAACACCUGUGGAUCCGAACUGCACUGAUGGAGAAGCUCCUAGACAAGAUUGUCGUGUACUUGGUGGAGAACAGCAGUGCCUUCUAUGAGAGAGAAGCUAUGCUGAUGGAUCCUGUGGAUGGACCAAUUCUUGCAUCUCUAUUGGUUGGCCCUUGUGCUUUGGAGUACACCAAAGUUAAGACCGCAGACCAUUUCUGGACGGACCCAUCUGCUGACGAGCUCGUGCAGCGGCAUCGCAUUCACAGCGGCCACUGUCGGCAGGAUUCGCCCUCAAGACGGCCUGCCCUGAUCCAGAAGAGGCAGUCCAGUGGUAGCAUAGAUGAUCGCCCUCUCAUGUGGGUGAGGGACUAUGUCGAAUCACUUCACCAAAACUCCAGAGCCACACUUCUGUUUGGGAAGAACAAUGUGCUGGUGCAGCCGAGAGAUGACAUGGAGGCCAUCCCGGGCUACCUUUCUCUACACCAAACUGCAGACGUCAUGACACUGAAAUGGACACCCAAUCAGCUGAUGAAUGGCAAUGUGGGGGAGCUGGAUUCUGAGAAAAGUGUUUAUUGGGAUUUUGCGAUGACAAUUCGUUUGGAGGAGAUUGUGUAUCUCCACUGUCAUCAGCAAGUAAACAGUGGUGGGACAGUAGUUUUGGUGAGCCAGGAUGGGAUCCAGAGACCCCCUCUGCAUUUCCCCAAAGGAGGCCACCUCCUCCAGUUUCUGACGUGCCUGGAGACCGGCCUGCUACCUCACGGACAGCUGGACCCACCGCUCUGGAAUCAGAGAGGAAAGGGAAAGGUUUUCCCCAAACUGCGAAAGAGGAGUCCACACGGCUCAUGUGAUUCUGUAUCCGAUAAGGAAGAUGAUGAAGCGACCGAUUAUGUGUUUCGAAUCCUCUUUCCUGGCAAUCAGAUGGAGUUCAUGGCCCUCGAGCUGAUGGACCAGGGCGUGAACAUCUGGCAACCGACGCCCAGAAAGUCCUCGUGCUCCUCCUGCUCACAGAAUGGCUCCUCUGAUGGCUCUCUGCCGAAUGGCUGUAAUCAGGAAAGGGCCCCCUUAAAGCUCCUUUGUGACACCAUGAAGUACCAGAUAAUCUCCCGUGCUUUCUAUGGAUGGCUUGCAUACUGCCGUCAUCUGUCCACAGUUCGUACGCACCUUUCUGCUCUGGUCAACACCACUAUAGUGGACCCUGAUGUGCCCUGUAAUGCCCGAGGAGGACUCACUGCGGAGGUCUGGGGCCAGUUCCUCAAGGACAGCUCUGCGUAUGAGGAAGAGGAGAUACACAGGCUUGUGUAUUUUGGUGGUGUGGCUCCUUCAUUACGCAAAGAGGUCUGGCCCUUCCUGUUGGGACACUACCAGUUUACCAUGACUGAGAAAUGCAGACUAGAGAUUGAUGAGCAGAUGCGGACCAUGUAUGAGCAGACUCUAAAGGAGUGGCAGGGCUGUGAGGCCAUAGUCCUUCAGAGGGAGAGGGAGAAACAUGCUGAGGCCCUCGCCAGAUGUUCGUCUGGAGCCAGUGUGGAAAGAGGGCCAGUGCAGCGGGACUCCACCAUCAGUACAGAUUCAUCUCUAAGUAUCAGCUCAGAUCCACAGAAUGCCCACUCACAAAGUGAUUCCAUCAGCAGCGGCCCACAGGUAUUUGAAUCAGUUGAGGCAGUGGAUCAGAUUGAGACUGAGCCCAGGGUUGAGGAAGGAGAAACACAGCAGAGUAGUCCACUGAAGGACAUCACAAGUGGCACUGCAGACAUCCCAAAACUUCCCUCCAGCAGUCCGUCCUCCCCAGGUCUGUCAAAUCAACAUCCAGGUUCAGAAAACAGCCCUAUUGUAACAGAGUCCGCUGAUGGAGCUGCAACUCCUCAGCAGUCAGAGGCAUCGCAAGUCUUACAUGAAAACACUACAACUGGAUCACAGUCAGAAGGGAUGGAUGUAAUGGACCCGGUAGCCAAAGCUGAGAUUUCAGAGACAAAGAUGGAGAAAGUUUCAGAAGGUGAGAAGGAUAAGGACUGUGGAAUCAGUGAGUUACAAGAGACAUCUGAAUCAAAAGAAAAACCUGAAGUAGAAGAAAAAAAAUCAGAGAAAUCUGAAGAUUUAAAAGCAGUCGACACAAAUAUGAAUUUAAGAAGUAUUCCAGAGAGCACUAAUGUUCUUAAGCUAGAAAGAGAGAUUCAUAAUGAAUAUUUCCAAGCGCCUCCACUCGGGCAGACCUUGACUUUUCAAGCACGCAAGAGCAAAGAUCUGGAAGCGGAGCCAUUAUGUCUGCCUUUAGCAGAAAAAGAUGCUAAUCCAGAGGGUGAAAAAAAGCCGGAGAUAUCUGAAACACCUGAGCCAGCUUCUGAAAAAAAGGCCUGUACCGCAGAGUCAGAAAGAAAGGAUGCCGAAGGAACAGUUUGUGAUUUGGCUGAAAUCAAAAAAGACAGACCUGCAGAAAUUCCAUUUGAGAAACCUGGUUCAAAUUCACCCGUCAGACAAGUACUGAACGCUCUCCAGUCAGCGUCAAGAGUAAGCCUUUCGAUAUCGCCCCACCCUCGGCAGUCUCCAGACACGGCAGAUUCAGAUGACUCUCCUUCGGCCCUGGAAAUGGAGGACAUUCCUGCAGGGACAUGUGUGACCUCUGAGGAUAUCAAUGCCAGGCCUUUGGCGGGUCUUGCUGCUCCCCCUGUCCCCCAUGCGCGAAGAGUGACAUUGGCAAUAGAGGACCUUGUCCUAGAUCACCAUCUGGACACAGCCUGUAACACCAGCCCUGAGGGCACCGACCUGGGCCUUUCUGAAGACGAGCCCGAGAUUGAAAAUGUGCUCACCGAACCAGAGUCUGCAGAGGCGGGAGGAGACACCAAACACGGCGAAUCCUCAGAAGAACAAACCUAUUCCCAAGAAAUACUGGACAUGUACUUGAUCAAUUUGCAUCGCAUUGACAAAGAUGUCCGACGUUGUGACAGAGCAUAUUGGUACUUCACUCCCGAGAACCUGGAGAAGCUGCGUAACAUCAUGUGCAGUUACGUGUGGCAGCAUCUGGAUACAGGUUACGUCCAGGGCAUGUGCGAUCUGCUGGCUCCCCUACUGGUUAUUCUAGACGAUGAGGUCAUGGCAUUCAGCUGCUUCACUGAACUAAUGAAGAGGAUGAACCAGAAUUUUCCACAUGGAGGUGCUAUGGACUCUCACUUUGCCAAUAUGCGCUCUCUUAUCCAGAUCCUGGACUCUGAGCUGUUUGAACUGAUGCAGCAGAAUGGAGACUACACUCACUUCUACUUCUGUUAUCGCUGGUUUCUACUUGACUUUAAAAGAGAAAUGGUGUAUGAUGACGUGUACUCUGUGUGGGAAACGAUCUGGGCAGCCAAGUACACCUCCUCUGACCACUUUGUGCUCUUCAUUGCUCUGGCACUUGUGGAGAUGUAUAAAGACAUCAUCCUAGAAAAUAACAUGGACUUCACAGAUAUCAUCAAGUUCUUUAAUGAAAUGGCAGAGCGACACAACGUUCCGCAGGUCCUGGUGAUGGCUCGAGACUUGGUCAACAAAGUGCAGACGCUUAUAGAAAACAAGUAAUGCUGCAAAGUCUGCUGCUGCUCCCAUGAUUCUUUGUGCUUAAAUGUUCUAACAUACUGACACAACCACUUACACAAUAGUAAUUUAUUCAAGAGGGAAGGAAUAGAUGUAAAUGAAAUGCAGUGUUUGGUAAGUACUGAAAAGAAAACUGGUCAUUAUUCUAAGAGAACUUCUUUCAAGUUGCUCCUCUCUAUAUUCAGGAGAUGCAAUUAUUGACAGUAAAUUUAUUUUGAAAGUGUAAUUGUUCACCUAGUGAAUGUACCCUUGCUUCAGGAUGUUUUUGUUUUGCCUUAAAUUGAGCUAUUUUUUCAGGGAUACAGCAACCAAAUUUGUCACUGUAUUGUUCUUUUGUUCGGUUAUACACAUCUCGUGAUGCACUUGAAUAUAUUUUCAAUAUUGUAAUUAUUUUCGCUGAAAUUGUAGCAAACAUGCUUGAACAUCUUGUGAUGCACUUGAAUAUAUUUCAGUAAUAAUAAUGUCUGGCAUUAUCAGAUUUGGGUUUUUUGUGAACGUUAGAGUUACACGAGAAGAGGUUGUGUCCACGUCGUAUGUGUGGUUAGCUUCUCAAUAGCCAUUUUGAGGACCUCUUGCUGGUAUUCUCUGAGGCUCGAUGGUCCUCUUCCUGUGUUUGCCUCUGAUGCACACAAGCUUGCAGGAUAUCCAGACCGAACCUGUGAACUCUGUGCCGUCUUGCAUGAUUGCACAUAGUUUGCAUACAGUACAGUACAGUAUCGCCCUUUCCUCUGUUACCAAACUGCCAUACUUUGUGCUCCUUCUAUCUCUGACCUCUAUGCAUUGAUUCGCUUUUAUUUCUGUGCGGACUGGUUCUUGCUACUGGUUCAAAAGGACUCUCACAUUCUUCUCACCUUAAAUAUCACAAUGCUGCUCAGGCUGACGAAUUCAGCAUUUCCUCACUAUAUACAGUGCUAACAGAUUCAACUUCUUUGCAGCAUUGCAAUAGCUACCGUGAUGGUUAAUUUCGAGCUGGUGGUAGACUUAAAGGGGGUUGCAGGGAAGGCAGAAUGCUUCUUUUGCACUCUGCUCUUCUAUUUCUGACUUUGAGUUUUUUUGCCUCUUUUUGGUCUGCCGAUCUUGGUUGCCUCGUCUUCAACACGCUCUAGUUCAUUAUUUUAUAUGCCCAAACUUUUAGCAACAAGUCUUACAAUGAUUGUUGAUAUUUUCUGGAGUAACUGUGCAUUUCUCUCCGUUAUUACGUCAAGAUAUCCAUGUCCAUACCUGCUGAAGAGGAGCUCUGUUUGCUAAACACAUUAGUCGUAAACUAGUGUGAACAUAAAAAGCACCCUCCACCUUGAUGGGCUCACCUCCUUCAUUAAUUCAUUUUAAAGAGCGGUCCUCUUAAGCUUCGCUUGUUACAUUUUAUAGCCCUCCCUCCGUGGAGGGCUAUCUUUCUGAAAUGGCCACCAGAUGUAUCUAUUGUGCACCUCCUCACACAGUUUCUGUGCAUUGUGCUGUAUUACAGUGCUGCUAAGACUGUCAUAACUCUAGCUACUUGUAUAUUUGAUCCUUUUAAGGCCUUAUCAGGUUUUCCCAGUCUUGUAAGUACCAGAAGGUCAAGUUAAUGCAUAAAGGGUCAGUUAAGUGGUAGCUAGUCAGUAAUAUGUAGCCAUGCGGAUCAUUUUGUUUUUAUGUGUGUAUGUUUACACCACUGAAUCUUCUACUGUUAAUCCAAUAGCGUGGAAGUUAAUACUUUUUUUAGAUGAAAAUGAAGACGUAUUGGCAAAGUGUUUUUUUCCAGAAAACCAAUGCUGGAGACCUUGAUGUCAUCAUUUAAAUUGGUCUAAUGAGGUCUUAUAGGGCCAAAUAAGGUCUGUGAAUCUGGUCUAUUUUGGAGAUAUUUUAGAUGGAUUAAAUCCUAUAAUCUCAGCUGAUAAAUACAAAACUAUCUACAUGGCUAGAUACCACCAUAAGUAUGUCAGAAAAUAUGAUUUGUUGGUGCCACUCACAGUUACAAAAUAGCCAUAACCCACCCAUGUUUGGUUCAGUGUGGCUUAAACACCAGUGUUUUGAUAUCACUGCUAAUGUGUCUCCACAUGAUCUUCUAAAACAUGCCCGAGUAUUGCUGUUUGUGCAUUGCUGUGUUUGUUGUCAGAAGAUUUAUUGUAUACAAUGUGUUGGAAAGAAACAAAGAAAGUACAUAUUUAUUAAAUGCAAUACAAUGUCUGUAUAUGGGCUUUAUCGGAUUAUAAUGAACAGAAAGAUAAAAAUAUGCCAUUGGAAAUAAAUAUAUUUUUAUUUUUUUCUGUCUUCUAAAAAUGU